GACUUGACUGGGAUGCGACAGUGCUGUGCCGCCGCAAGCAAAUACACAGUCGGGUGUAGAAGAGCAGCAGGAAUGGGCUGCCUUGCCGCGUGUUAGGAGCGAUCAGGCCGAACAUUUCCGAACACUAAGUGAACGACCAUUUAGGCCCCAACAUACAGGCAGAGGAAUUUAUCAAACACCAACGCAUAUCUCGGUAGUCAUAUUCUGAUUAGUGUCGCUGACAGAGUCGGUCGCGUAGCCACGAAAACUCGCAGUGCACAGAGCUCCACGGAAGUUUGCUGCUUGUGUUAGGCACUCAGAAGAGUUAGGAGAGAAUGGUGGGCACACGGAUGUGCGGGCUGUUGCUCGCACUCACUCUCUCAGUAGCAGUGUUAACCUCCUGCCCGCCAUUUGCGGCAGCGGAUGACCCAUCCCCCGCGUUCAAGUUCAGCAACUACAUGCUGAAGAACUGUCUCGCACAAACGGACUCGUCGUCCAACGGCGUGCGAUCUGUCGACUUCGGCGACAAUUUCGCAUUCGGCGUGACUACGAGUGCGACGCAGGUCGAGGGCAGCACGUACAAAGGCGGCCGCGGACCGAGCAUCUGGGACGCGUAUUCCAUGAUGACUGGAGCGAUCGCCGAUGGCUCCAAGCCCGCUGAAGCGACUCAGAGCUACGACCGCUACAAGACGGACGUCAAGUUUCUCAAGGAGAUGGGGGUGAAGCACUACCGCUUCUCCAUCUCGUGGCCGCGUGUCGUGCCAGAGGGCAUCGGCGCGGUGAACGACGAGGGCGUACGCUUUUACAACGACUUCAUUAACGAGUUGAAGGAUAACGGAAUCGAGCCCGUGGUUACACUGUACCACUGGGAUUUGCCGUACCCUCUCGAGCGCGACCACGGGGGCUGGCUCAACAACACCAUUGUGCGGAGUUACGCCAACUACGCCGAAGCGUGCUUCCGCAAAUUCGGGGACAGAGUCAAGACAUGGAUCACCUUCGCCGAGCCGCAGCAGAUCGCAGUGCAAGGCUACGGCACGGGCGGCAUGGCUCCGGGCCGCUGCUCGGACCGCACGCUUUGCUCCGUGGGAAAUUCGACCACCGAGCCGUACAUCGUGGCGCACAACAUCCUGAAAGCGCAUUCGCUGACGGUCCAGAUUUACCGCCAGAAGUACAAGAAGCAGCAGGGCGGUCGGAUCGGAAUCGCGCUGGAUUGCGUUUAUCACUACGCGGCUGACGAGACGCGCGCGAGCAAAAACGCGGCACAGCGGGGGAUGGAGUUCGCGUACGGGUGGUUCGCGGAUCCGAUCCGUUACGGGAGUUACCCGAAGUCCAUGCGUUAUUUCGUUGGCGAUCGCAUGCCGAAAUUCAACCGCAAGGAGAUCCGACGGCUGAAAGGCGCCACGGAUUUUCUAGGGCUGGAUUUCUACUCGGCGGUGUACGCUUGGCCGGGCAGCACCGCGGGACCUGGAAUUCCGUGGACCGACGCCCGCGUCUCCACUUCGCCCAGGAACCCCCGAACCGGCAGCUUCGUUGGCGAGCCGACCUCCUCGAAAUGGCUCUACGUGGCCCCCGAGUCCAUGAAGAACAUGCUGCUGUGGAUAAAGAACCGAUAUGGCAAGGACGCUGCUGUAAUUGUUACCGAGAACGGUGUUAGCGAGUACAAUGUGAAGGGAAUCACGAUGGACAAGGCGCUCUGCGACGUGCAGAGGGUCAACUUCCAUAAGAGUUACCUCCAAAACGUGUUGGACGCCAAAAACAACGGAGUGAACGUGCAGGGCUACUUCGCAUGGUCUAUGAUGGACAACUGGGAGUGGUCGCAGGGCUACACGCAGCGGUUCGGCAUGCUCUAUGUCAAUUUCACCCAUCCGCUCAAGCCUCGGUACCCCAAGGCCUCCGCCAUCUGGUUCAAAAACUUCCUCGCUAGCAGCUAAAAGAGGAGUUUUUAUUUUCAAUACUGAUUCUUGACACGUAGAAUAGUAUAGGCGAAAUGGGUGUGCAGUGUAGCAGGACGAAGGCAGGGUGUUUUAGUGAUGCCUCUCGCGUCCUGUAAGCGAGGCUCAGGUGAUUAUCGAUUCUUUUUAGAGUCUUGCCAUGUAUUGAGUAUGCAGAUUGGGAAUAUAACGCAUGCACACGUUUACCCCUAACAUUAUUAUAAUU